AUGAAUGAGGAGGCUCUGUUGGCACGGGCUUCCGAGGAGCGGGAGCGUAUCUUUCAGAGAUACGAACGCGGCAGAGAGAAUCUCGUCGGUCAAAUCGACCCGUGGGAAGAUCCAGAGUUCGAGGACUAUCACAAAACUGAUAGAUAUGGUUUCAUCCACGAUGAGCGUUUGCCGCGAAAAACGGCGCCUCAAAAGAUUAAUGUUGAAGUUGAAAGGGAGAAGAAAUGGGUUAAGAUGCUGGCAUCCUGGGAUUCUCCUGCUACAAAGGAAAAAUUACAUAGAAGAAUAUAUAAAGGCAUUCCAAAUUCUCUAAGAAUUAAAAUAUGGUGUAAACUUUUAGAUGUUAAUCGAAUAAAAUCAGAUAACCCAGGGAAAUAUCAAGAAAUGUUGAAAUUAGCUAAAAUUUGGUCAACUGAUGUCAGACAAAUAGAUUCCGAUGUAAACAGGCAGUUUCGUGAGCAUCAAUUCUAUCGAGAACGAUACUCUGAAAAACAAUGUUCACUUUUUAAUGUUCUAUGUGCUUAUAGCAUGUACAAUACUGAAGUUGGUUACUGUCAAGGCAUGUCUGGAUUGGCUGGUGUAUUACUUAUGUAUAUGGAUGAAGAGGAUGCAUUCUGGGCAUUAGCCAUUUUACUGUCAGAAAAAAAAUAUAACAUGCAUGGGCUGUAUAUUGAAGGUUUCCCUAAAUUAACUAGGUUCUUAGAGCACCAUGAUAAGAUACUCACAAAGUUUAUGCCUAAGUUGAAAUUCCAUUUUGAUAAGUAUGGAUUGGAUGCCAUUUUAUACUCUUUAAAGUGGUAUUUUGUUUGUUUUGUUGAACGUGUACCGUUUAGUUUAUGUUUGAGAGUUUGGGAUAUAUUUUUACAUGAUGGCGAACGUGUUAUAACUGCGAUGGCGUAUACAAUUCUUAAGCUUCACAAAAAGGCUAUUAUGAAGUUAAAUGAUAUGGAUCUUAUUGUGAAUUACAUUCAAGUGAAACUGCAUAAAGACUUUGGUUAUGAAGAUGACAUAGUUAUCUACAAUUUAGAGCGAUCCAUGGAAGAAUUGAAGCGGGCGAAAUUGGACUACCCUGGUCUACCACCACCGAAUGAGUUACCUAAAAGGCAACUUGGAGUUUUCAUUGAGCCGGAUAAAAAAUCCAAAAUUGGUCAGCGAGCCGAAAGUUUCUCUGAUACGGAGAAACACGCUAGGGCUACUGUGAUUCUAAGACGUGAAAAAGCAGCUGUAGAGUUGCAGGAGCUCAGGGUGUCUCAAAGCGACACGGUCUCAGAGCACAGCACAGUAGCCGGCGUCCGUUGCGAGGACUCAUUAUCUGUGCUUGGAUCAAGACGCUCUCUAGCGGACACAAGUGUAACCAGCACCGCGGAUUUGAGUGUUUUCUCAAGUGGACGGUCCCACGCGCCAGAGAAUUCAUUAGAUACACAUAGCAACAUUAGCGAUGACGCUACCGGGUCAGAUGGGUCCGGGAUAUGCGGCUUAAGCAUUCAAAGAGCUAUGUCUACGCCAAGGCAGACCGUCCAUUCAACCCCGCGUGGAAGUCCACAUCCAUCUUCAGUUUCACCAACUUCGGAGGACGUUGUUCGUAUUCACGUCACUUAUAGCCCACUAGCCGCCAGCCCAUCGCACUUACGGCCCGUAAGUCCUUCGAAAUACAAGUCAUAUGAUGUACAGAAGCCCACCUCUCUAGGUUUUUAUGCUACGAACGGGUCAACUAAUACUGAAAAUACUAUAAGAAUUCAAGUGCCAUCCGAAGAAUUAUUAACUCCAAUAGUCGAUUCCGGGCGUAUCAUCACACAAAGAUAUAUUGAAUCUCAUUCGGGAAUCUAUGAUAUUAAAUAA